GUCGUGAAGCAGUGCUAGCAUGCUAAACCAGGGAUAUUCACCGGUGAAAAGUGGAGAAAGGAGUGACGGGAACGGUAGAAGGGUUCUCAUGUGAGCAAAAAAGGGCCGCAGGGGCUGAUGGGAAACUGAGAAGAAAGUUUAUUUCAACUUUUGACUAGUUUCGGUUCACCGAAACGUUAGCUCCGCUGCUAGCUCUGCUAUAACGGCUAACGGCAGUUCGAAAAGUUACUGGAGGUACACCGCCGGGGAUUAGACGGACCCAUUGGGCCAGGGAUUAUACGGACCCUUCAGGCCGGGGAUUAGACGGCCCCAUGACGGUGGAAGGAGUGAGACACUCCGCCAUCCUGUCCGCCUUGUUCGGCGGGACGGACGAGUCCGAUCCGCUGGGAGCCGCGCAGUUCAUCAAAGAACGUCUGUACUUCGCCACGUUACGCAGUAAACCCAAGAGUACGGCGAACACUCACUACUUCUGCACCGAUGACGAGUUUGUCUACGAAAAUUUCUACGCAGACUUCGGCCCUCUGAAUCUGGCCAUGCUGUACCGAUACUGCUGCAAACUGAACAAGAAGCUGAAGGUGAGCUCCUGCUGA